UUUCAUAAAACGGUUGUGCUACUUGUAUCAUCGGGUCAGGGGUACUUUCGCUGCUUAUACUGCCACGAAUGUACUUUUUGUUUAUUAAUCAUUCCACUAAAUUAUAGCUAAAUUACAUAUUUUUGUAGCUUAUAUCUUACAUUCAUUAUAAUUUAAUGUGUACAGAUGAUGAAAUGUUGUUUAAUUCAGCUAUGGCAGUUGAACACACACGCCGAAAUCGAUAACGAUCAAUUAUAAUUUUUCUGAUUAUUAUAAUUUGUCAUAAAAAGUCAAAAAUGGCAAAUAGAAAAUCUUCAGUUAAUUCAAAAAAUACAGAUGAUCACAGUGUUGAGACUCUGGCAGAGGUUUUUCGAUGCUUUAUUUGUAUGGAAAAAUUACGAGAUGCACAUCUUUGUCCUCAUUGUAGUAAAUUAUGCUGUUAUACAUGUAUAAGACGUUGGCUGACCGAACAACGCUCACAAUGUCCUCAUUGUCGAGCCUCUCUUCAUUUACAUGAGCUUGUAAAUUGUCGAUGGGUUGAAGAAGUCACUCAACAACUGGAUACUUUACAAGCUGUUGCUAUAUCUAAUUCACGUUAUGAUGAUUCUAAUCGGGAUAGAUGUACAAUACAUCAGGAAAAAUUAUCUGUUUUUUGUUGGACAUGCCGUCGAUGUAUUUGUCACCAAUGUGCAUUAUGGGGUGGAACACAUUCAGGACAUACAUUUAAACCUUUAGAAGAAGUUUAUGAACAACAUGUAAAUCAAAUCAAACUUGAAAUAGGACAAUUGAAACGAAGACUUGUGGAAUUAAUAAGCCUUGUCCAAGAAGUAGAAAGAAAUGUUGAGUCAGUGAGAGCUGCAAAAGAUGAAAGAGUGAGAGAAAUUAGAAAUGCAGUAGAACUAAUGAUUGUCCGUUUAGAUUCUCAAUUAAAAGCAAAAUUAUUAACUUUAAUGGGUCAAAAAAAUUCUUUAACUUUGGAAACAGAACAGUUAGAAAUACUGUUACAAGAAGUAGAACAUCAAUUGCAUACAUAUACUCGAUCAGAACUUAUAGCCAAGAGUGUUGACUUGUCUCGAAUGAUUUAUCAAGUUCGGAAAAAACCAAUGACAAGUUUUGUUACUGCUCCUGUUCCUGCUGAUUUUCACAGUGAAAUAGUACCAGGAUAUGAUAGUGCCACAUUUGCAAUGCAAAAUUUUACACAGCUGCAAUUGAAAGCAGAUCCAGUAUAUUCUGCACCCUUGCAUGUCAAUGGUCUAUGCUGGAGGUUGAAAGUAUAUCCUGAUGGCAAUGGAGUUGUACGUGGAAACUAUUUAUCUGUAUUUUUAGAACUCAGUGCUGGAUUACCUGAAACAUCAAAAUACGAAUAUAGAGUUGAAAUGAUACAUCAAGGUUCACAUGAUACAAGUAAAAAUAUUGUUAGAGAAUUUGCUUCAGAUUUUGAAAUUGGCGAAUGCUGGGGCUAUAAUAGAUUCUUCAGAUUAGAUUUAUUGGCAACAGAAGGUUAUUUAAAUACAGAAUUGGAUACGCUUAUACUACGAUUUCAGGUUCGACCGCCGACUUUUUAUCAACGGUGUAGAGAUCAACAAUGGUAUAUUAGUCAAUUAGUAACAGUCCAAAAUCAAUACAAGACUCAAAUCAAUGAACUGAAAGAGAGACUGGCAAUUGAGAUUUCACGUAAUGCGCUAACAGCAACUAGAGCAAUUAAUGGAAAUAUAACACCUACAUCAACUGCAAGUAUAUUACCUUUAGUUCAGCAGAAACAAUCGCAAAGUGCAGGAGAUUCUACUUUAAAUUGUAAUUCUGACUUAACCAUUGAUACUUAUUCAACUGGAAAUAUUAUAAUGUCGCAGUCUGUUCAAAAUACUUCUCCCAAUGGCGUUAUUAAUGAAAUAACAUCAGAAGAUCAUUUAAUACCUUUGACUGAAUUAGGAGAUUUAAAAAAUAUUCAUCCUCCUGUAUCAUCUUCCACAUUAUCUUCAGUAUAUUCAAAAGCAAGCAUGAAACAAAGUUGCUCUAGUAAUAUUAAUAUUGUUGAAACUGAAUCAUGCAUACCACAUACUACUAAUAAUGGAACAGUAGGCAAUAUUCAACCUACAGAAACUAAUUCAUCACUGCCAUCUUAUUCUUCCCCAACAAUUCUAAAUCAACAACCAUUAAAUAUUUCAUCAAGCAGUAGUAGUAGUGACAGUGGGGAACUAAGUGAGCAUGAUAUAUACAUAGCUGAAUGCGAAAAUACUGAACGUACACUAACAUUAUUAGACGAUAAUUCCAAUGAUGAAAAUGAUGUAGAUGAUGAAACUAUGUCAGGCGAAAAUGAUAUAGAAGUAGCAGAAUCAUUAGUACCAUGGAUGCAAAAUAAGCAAAGGAUAAGGGAACAAAGUAGAGAUGCAAUUGCAGAAACAUAUAGUGAACUAAGAAGUAAUGAAGGUUUAGAAGAUGAAAUAAUGCUGCUUCAUCUAUUCGAUUUUCAAGAUCGAACUUCUGCUUGGACUUCUUUAUCCUUUAAUAAACGUGCAUCUGAUACGUCAGACUCUAGAAGCUCUUUAGGCAAUACCAAAUUACAAAAUUCAGGUCCUUUAUAUCGUAGUGCUGUAUUGCCCACACAUCCAUCAGGAUACUCACAUAAACAUCCGGAACUCGAAUCAUGUAGUGAACAAACAUUCCCUGAUAAACAUUCGAAUUAUGUAAUGCAUUCACCUCAAAAAGUUUGCAAUAAUAAGAUUAAACUUGAUCAAGUUUCGAAUAGUUAUCAACAGAGAAUUUUUGGCAUGCCAGUUUGUGGAAAUUAUGUAACUCGAUCCGAACCUGCUACACGUUCAAACUCUUUAGAUUGUGAGAAGGAUCUUUCUAAAAUGUCUGGUUUUAAUAAAUUCAAUUAUGAAGUGGAGACCAUUAGACCGUCAGAUUUAAUAACACCAAAUGUAAUCUUGGAUAGUAACAAAGUUGUAUCAAAACAUUUACUCUCUCGUCGACAAUCCUCACCAGGUUCUCCUGCAAGUGUUAGUUCACUAAAUAAUGAAAGUAAUAAAACGUUCAAUUUUGAACGAUUGAUUGAAUCUAUUCCAUUAUCUUCAAUAUCAAAUUCUUCUAAAUUAAGGAAAAGUAUUUCACAAGAAGGGAAAGAUAACAAUUGUACAAGUAUGAAAAUUCCUGCACUUUCAUCAGUACAUGAAAAUCUCUUGUUACCUGUUAAUAAUGCAGUGGCAACAGACACUACAUCAAACCACAAUAAUUAUAGUUGGGCUCCUGCAUUAUAUCCUCAUAAACAUGUUCAAAAAAGUGUUACAGAAACAAUUGUACAAGGUACAUCAACUGAAAAAUUGGAGAAAACACCACUAUGCAGUAAUCCAGACAAGAAAUUCUCUUAUCUUGAUAUCAAGCAUCUCUUAUUUUGCUGGUCAAAUUGUUAAAUAAGAUUGUGAUGUGAUUGUAACGAAUCAGUAAUUAUUACAUUCUUUGUACACAUUUUACAUAUUGUUUAUAAUAUAAUCAUGGCUGUUCAAAUAUAGCUCAUGACGAAUUUGUAAUAUCUCUCAUUGUUUCUUAUUAAUUUAUUUAUUUAUACAAGUAGAAGAUAUAAAAAAUAUUAUUUAUCUUUAACAAAAGUAAGUAAUAAGAAAUAUGUAGAAACCAUGAAGAUCCAGAUAUCAACAUUCUUAAAAUUGUUUUUUUUUAUAACAUUAGAUCAAACAUACAAACUUAAAAAUAUCAAGUUUGCAUAUAAUAUUAAAAGAAAAGCAAGAAGAUUAUGAUGAAAGUAAAUUAUAUAUUGCUUUUCUUGUUUCGCAUUUGUUGUUGUUUAUAAAUAAUUGCAAAUAAGAUAAUAUACCAUGAUAUACGGAUGAUAUAUAACAUAUAUAUAACAGGAUUCUCCAAGAUAAUUUCUCAACAAAAGUAUGUACAUAAUUUCCCAACAUAUAUUUUUAACCUUUAGAUAAAAAUUUUCUGUAAUUUUUAUAAAAUCAGAUAAUAUAAAAAUCCAUGAAAAAGUGCUGAAUAAAAAAAUACGCUUUAAAUAUUUAUUAUAAGCAUCAAUGCAACCAAUAUAUUUAUACAAAUAAAUUCGCUAUUAAUCGAUUAUUCCGAUAAAAAUACAGUUUAGGAAAUAAGAUUCUUUUCUUCUUUUUGAAUAAGUAACGUUUCCUUGCAGCACAUUUCUCAUUUUUCUCAUUCAAACUUUUUUACAUUUUCAAUCGAAUUUUCAAUCAACUGGGACAUAAACAUGAUGAUUUGCUUUAAUACACAUACGUUCCAUUGAUUUAAUAAUUUAAAUUAAAAUUUAAGCAGUAUUGUUUAAACAUUAAACAAAAUUAUACAAAAAAUCAAAAACGAUUUCCUUUAUAAACGUACAUUCUUUUAUCAAAAUCUUUAGUAGAUUAAAAUAAAAUGUAUUAAUAAUUAUCUAUUGUAAAUAAAACUUAAAUUUUUAAAAGCAAAACUUCGGGAAAGGUAUGGCACAUAAAUACCAAUAUAGUAAAACUACUAUCAAGUAGAUAUCACAAUUCAUUUUUCAGUAUUUUUCCUUUAGGAGUACUAAUGUUUUGUACAAUUCGCAUAACUUUUGUUUUAUUGGACAUAAUUUUACUAUCUAAUUCUAAUAAUCUAAGAAUUCUAUAAUAUUUUCUAAAUCUUUUUCGGAUCGUAUGAACUAUAUGUUGAUCUUCAGCAAGGUCAAUAGUUGAUCCCAAUAUUAAAUGUAUGUAUCUAAUAUGUUCUAAUUUUAAUAAAAUAAUUUUUUUCUUAUUUCUAGCAGUUCUUCGAUCAAUGAAAUUUAAAUGUCGCCUUAGUUUUCUAUAAUCAUGUAGAAGUUGUUCAAUAAUUUCUAAACACAGCCAACGAAUACGAACAAUACAUUUGUCUGGUGGAUCACUAGCAUUUAACAAACAAAUAUUUGUUAAAGCUUCAACACGUGAAUCUCCAUCUAAAUUUGCUAAUAUAUAAUUAAGUAAAUUUGGAAUGUUAAUAGGUAAAGAAAAUGGGAAUACUGUACUAUCCUCUUUCCUAAAAAUAAAUAUACUCAUAUCAUAACAUUCACAUUAACUAUUGUAUAAUUUUUGUAUUAAAUAAAUUCUCGUUACCUUCUCGCUGGGAAAAACAAAAUA